AUAAUAUUCCGCAAAUCUCCUCGCUCUUUGCACUCCCACCAUUUCCACACCCAGCUCCAUGGCAAUGGACUACCCUGAAAACCCUAAUCUGAUGAACCCUAAUUGCAUGCACUUCGCCGACGGCGAUCCUUUCUCGUUGGACUUUGAACUCUCCGAGUAUCUGAUGCUCGACGGCGGUGUCGACCACGAUUCUACAUCGCAAAGCUUGGCGUCAUCGGAGAAGGCUUGUAAUAUGGGUGGAUCCAGCACUGGUGCAACAUCAAGAAAUAAUAACAUAUGCAAAAGUGGGGUGAGGAAAAAUAAGGUGGAUAUUGGUCAUAGGGUUGCAUUUAGGACCAAGUCGCAGCUGGAGAUCAUGGAUGAUGGUUUCAAGUGGAGGAAGUACGGAAAGAAGGCUGUCAAGAACAGCCCCAACCCGAGGAAUUACUAUAAAUGUUCAAGCGGAGGAUGUAACGUGAAGAAGAGGGUGGAGAGGGACAGUGCCGACCCAAGCUACGUGCUAACCACAUACGAGGGAGUGCACAACCAUGAAAGCCCUUGCGUUGUCUAUUAUAACCAGACACCUCUUAUGGUUCCCACCGGUUGGACUCUGCAAGCUUCCGCCCUCUCUCCUUCUUCUUUAUGAGCUAGCUAGCAUACCUUUUUCUUCUCGGAUUUGGCUUCCGUUCAGUAAUAAAACUACAGCACAUGUGCCGUAAGUUUUUGAAUGGUCGAGAUUUAAUUUUACUGUUUCUCUUUUUCUCAUCGAAGAAAAUUGAAAUCAAAUAUGUUCCAUUGGAAAGAUGACUAGGGCACAAUAUUAUUUAGGGCACCUAAUUAAUAUAAUUAAGCCAAAUCGAUCUUA